AAACACUAGUACUUUAUUUACUCUAUGAAAUAAACAUUCUUGCUUAUCGCUUUUCAUUUGAAUCUAACAUUUUUUUUUUUUUUAAAUUUCUAUGUUAAAACGAUUUUAUUUUGUUAAAUAGUUAGUGUCAUUGACAUAAUAAUGCAAAUAACUAGGGUUUUCUUGUGUAGAAUGUUACACAAUUACAACAGUUACUUAAGAAGUAAAUCACCAUUGCUUUCCCACUGCUGUUGUAAUAAUGUUAGGGUUGUCGGUAGCCGGUCUGCUGCAAUAUUUUCUAUGUUUUGUUCUGAAGAAAAAAUACUAUCUCAGAGAAACAAUCCAAUUUUGACAUUGUAUAGAGAAAAACGUUCACGAAAGACUGGAAAACAAGAGGUUGAAAGUGACUCUGACGACGAAGAAGCACCGGAAGGCAGCGAGAGUGUUGACGAAGGGGACGACAAGAUCAGUAAAGUGAUAUCCACCACGCUGAGCUCCCUGAGGGUUGACCUGGUGGUGAAGGCAGGCCUGGGCAUCGCCAGGAACAAAGUGGAAGCUCUGUUUUAUGAAAGCAGUAUCCGUGUGAAUGGAGAAAAACUUCUGAAGAAAAGCUACCAGACGAGUGGCAACCCUGCUCAUUCGACUCGGGGUGAUCCGGGUUCAAAGCAGAAUUUUUCCGCAAGUGGGAAACGUGGCGAACGUUCCAGUAAUUUGUGUCAAGUGGGUGACGAAGUGGACGUGGUUCGUGGGCCCAGCCCCGACAACCCCGCGUUCCUGGUCGUGUCCCGCGCCGAGGUCUUGUCUGCGACCGGUAAGGGAGACAAGCUGGCGGUGAAGCUGCGUCGAUACAAGUCGCUGGUGAUCGACAACUAUUCGGAGCCAUGGAAGUCCUUCCAGCAAACAGAAUAGCAGUUGCUGCACUUCGAUAGCUGCUUGUACUGGUGUGUGUAAAUAAAUGUAACUCCAUGUCUACAGGAUGAGUAGUUAAA